AUGGAUAUGCAGGGAAUGGAGAAAUGUGGAUUGUGUGCUGCAGAAACACGCGACGAACAACCAACCGGUAACUUGAGUUCUUCACCGAAAAGGUUCCCUCUCCGCCGCGGCUGCAACCACCAAAGAACAGUUCCGCUGCUUGAAAACAGGAGGGAUCAAAACAAAAGAAGCUGCUGGACCCGGGCGGGCGUGGUUACCGGCGGCUCCCAUUGCCCGGGCGGCGAGUCGGUCAGUCAGAGAGCCGCGGCCUGCGGGAGGUCACUCAGUGGCCGGACAGCGGACAGCGGUCAUCCCCCAUCCCCCAUCAUGGCCACCGCUUCGGACGGCCUGGUGUCCGAGCAGUCGAGCUCCGAGGGCGAGUACGCGGCGGGGGCGGCGACGGGCGCCCAGGCCCAGGCCCAGGCCCAGCUACACCGGCUGUGGCAGCGGCAGGAAGAGCAGCAGCAAGCGGGCGGCAAGAUGGCAGUCAGCCGCCUGAAGCGGCAUCGCAGGGGCUGCCCGCUGGGCAAAGAGGCGCACGCACAGAAACGUUUACGAGAAGCGGCAAAUGCAAACGAGGUUGAGACCGUGAGUCAGUUACUUGAAGUUGGCACUGAUCCAUGUGUAGCUGAUGACAAAGGCAGGACUGCCCUUCAUUUUGCCUCUUGUAAUGGAAACAGUUCAGUUGUCCAGUUGUUAUUGGAUAAUGGAGCAGACCCGAACCAGAGGGAUGGACUGGGAAACACACCAUUGCACCUGGCUGCCUGUACAAACCAUGUACCAGUGAUCACUACACUGUUAAGAGGAGGUGCUCGAGUGGAUGCCCUGGACCGAGCAGGAAGGACUCCAUUACACCUCGCUCGAUCGAAACUGAACAUCCUGCAGGAUGGACAUUCACACAGUCUGGAGGCCCUGCGGGCGGAGGUGAAGCAGAUCAUUCAGAUGCUGCGUGAAUACUUGGAAAGACUGGGUAACCGUCAAGAAACUGAGCAGUUAGAUGAUCUUUGCACAAAACUUCAGCUGACCAACACGAAGGAAGAGGUCGAUGAAGUUGCUGAUCUACUCUCAAGCUUCACAACGCUCAGCCUACAAAUACACAAUUUAGAUAAAAGGUAACUGACCCUCCCCAUCCCACCACUGCCACUGUUAGAAUUCAGCGGGACCCAACGCAAGAACAAGGAUCCUUGUAAAUACCUGUGGAAAUGACUAAAUUGACUCUUCAUCUUCUCCAGCUGCUCGAGGUCUUAGUUUUAGAAACAUUGCAGAAUUCUUGUUUUCAGUGUAAUAAAGUUGAUAAAUUCAAAGCUUUGU